GGAACUUCCUGUCAUGUAUAUACAAAGAAACGACUUCUGAAUAACGGUAUCAAGGAUGAGGAAAGUCAGUUACGAUAAGAAGAUGGUCCACUCUGCAUACAGUCACAUAACUGUCAUCACUCUGUUGGCAUUUGCAGCCAUAAAUGGAGUUCGAGGCAAACCGGCCCAUGUAAUAGAACGCCUUACCAAUGUUGAAAAUAAAACAUUAGAAAUAAUUACGAAUCUGGCAGGAGCAGAAGGGAGACUGCAAACCAUUAAAGAAAGGAUUUUCAGUCAAAAUCCAACUUCACGAGGUGUAAUAGAAAAACAUUUGGAUUGCCUUGAAACUGCAUACACAUACAGCUGGGGAGGGGUAGUAUUCAACACUCUUGCACAACGUCUCCCCCAUUACCGUGAGGUGAAUCUAGCUGAUGCAGUGAAUUGUGCCAAGGGAGAAUCCUCAGCAUAUCAGAAUCUGGGUGAACUGAAUUUAGAAAUACAAGCAGUUUUCGAACAAAAAGCUCUGUAUAUGAUUAACACUUGUGAGUUUAUUUUUUCUGCACUAAUAAACUGUACAAUCGGAAAUAUGUAUGAGGAAACACUGUGAUGGCAGUGGUAGGAAUGAGAGAGUAGUCUGUGCUUCUCUACUGUUAAUUAGCAGACAAACUCAGUUAUAUGCAACAAUUAUUUUAAUUAGACCAUUCAAAUAAUUCUCAAAAUGUUUCAUCGUUUCUAGUUCUUCAGAAUCUGUACACAACACAUAUCACCAGAGGUGAGAUUUAUUUCGCAUUGUCUUUCCACAUUUUAUCUUACGAAGUACUCUUAAUGGAGUAGCGAAUCGAGUUUCAAGUGCACGAAUUGUGAGAGUGUGGAGGAUGAUGAGUGAGGAAAGUACUACACAGGAUUAGCAUAGUCACAAAAACAGUUAGACAAUAUAUUCCACCGUCGACUAGACUCCUAUCACUCGACUCGAAUAUUGAUUCAUGAAUAUGUGGUUGAAAUUACAGCCUCGAAUACGCCUGUUUAGUCGAAUGGUGAAAGCAUCAUGAGUGGCGUUGUGAGUUACCGUGUGUAUAUCCACCAAUGAAUAAUAUCAUGAGAGUUCUAAGUGGAUGGUGUCAUGAAUGUAUGAGAAUAUACGUGCACAUUCAAUAAUGUCAGCGAGGAUAUGCAAACUAGUGAAAUUCACACGAACGAUAGUGAAUUAUAGAAAUGUAGCAACUCGUAUGCUCCGACAAACAAUGAAGAUUGAAAUUAUCACUCACUGAGAAUAUUCAGAAUUCGCAGACUCCAUGAGUAAGCAUACAAUUCGCCACCAAGUAUUCUUCUCUCCAGUAUACAUGUUGCUUUAUUGUUUAACCACUAACAUUUCAUCCAACUAAACCGAUGAUUUGAAUUUAAUCUCAUGCAGGAUAGUGAAGAGGCGCAUCUAG